AUGCUCCUUGUGACACCCACUGCCCUCAAGGAGGAUGUACCUAGGGUCUUUUAUCAUCCCACUGACACAUUUGAGGAUGGAUUUGACAAGCACCUGAGCCACUAUCAUCGAGAGCCCAUCUCCCUGACUCUAGCAGUAAUCUUAGGCCUUGGAGUGGCAGCUGGUGUGGGCACCAGUACGGUUGCUCCGGUUAUCAGCAAUUUGCAGGCUGGUAGACUUGGUUCCACAAUUUUUGUUGCUAAUCUUGACUUCAAAGUUGGUUGGAAGAAGCUAAAAGAAGUGUUCAGCAUAGCUGGAACUGUAAAGCGGGCGGAUAUUAAAGAAAACAAGGAUGGCAAGAGCAGAGGCAUGGGCACUGUCACUUUUGAGCAAGCAAUUAAAGCAGUUCAAGCAAUUUCCAUGUUCAAUGGGCAGUUUUUAUUUGAUAGACCUAUGCAUGUGAAAAUGGAUGACAAAUCUGUCCCUCACGAAGACUACUGUUCACAUGAUAGUAAGACAUCACAGUUACCAUGCGGUCUUGGAGGUAUUGGAAUGGGACUUGGUCCAGGUGGACAACCUAUUAGUGCCAGCCAGUUGAACAUAAGUGGUGUCAUAGGAAAUUUGGGUCCAAGUGGAGUUGGGUUUGGUGGUCUGGAAGCAAUGAAUAGCAUGGCAGGAUUUGGUGGAGUUGGCCGAAUGGGAGAGCUAUACCGUGAUGCAAUGACUAGUAGCAUGGAGCAAGAUUUCGGAUGUGGUGAUAUUGGAAUAAAUCGAGGCUUUGGUGAUUCCUUUGGUAGACUUGGUGGCAGUAUGGGCGGCAUGAGCAGUGUGACUGGAGGCAUGGGGAUGGGGCUGGACCGCAUGAGCUCCAGCUUUGACAGGAUGGGGCCGGGAAUUGGAGCAAUACUAGAAAGGAGCAUCGACGUAGAUGGAGGUUUAUCGGGUCCCAUGGGAAGCAGAAUGAGAGACAGAUUAGCCUCCAAAAGCAACCAGAUAUUUGUGAGAAAUCUGCCUUUUGACUUGACUUGGCAGAAACUAAAAGAGAAAUUCAGCCAGUGUGGUCAUGUAAUGUUUGCAGAAAUAAAGAUGGAGAAUGGCAAGUCAAAAGGCUGUGGGACAGUUAGGUUUGAAUCCCCAGAAUCAGAAGAAAAGGCCUGCAGAAUAAUGAACAGCAUCAAAAUCAGUGGCAGGGAAAUCGAUGUUCGCUUGGAUUGUAACGCGUAA